AUGAACAAAUAGAAGUAUUCAAAAGAGGUAGGCUAAGAGCUAUAUUCAAACCCUAAAAGUCUUUUCGCAAAAGAAGAUAACGCAAGAGACUCGUAAUCUAUUUCUGAUGAGUAUCCUCUUUUAAAAGAUGUUAUGACAAAGUAUUAAGCUUUGUUUGUUGCUUGCAAUCUUUUAUUAGGUAUUGCUCCAUUAAUUCUGCCUAACAGCUACCUACAAGCUGGUGCAUUAUUUAGUUCAGUCUUUUUUUUGUUAAUUGCUGCUAUAUCUUACAUAUCUGCAGAAUAUGUUGUAGAGUCAAUUGGUAUUUGCAAUUACAUUAAAUUUAGAAAAGAAUAAAUUUCUUAGCAGUAUUCAAACUAAUUAAACAAUGAUGAUUAACUUAAUGGUGAUAAUGAAGGUUAAAAGAUAUUGUAAAAGUAGUAAAAAAAGAAAUUGAAAAGAGAAUUUCGUAUUAAUACAAAAUUUGAACUUGGUGAAAUCGCAUAGACUUUCUGGGGAAAAGAAGCACAGUUUGUAGUUUCAUUAAUAGUAAUUAUCUUUUUGAUAGGUGUGACAAUAGCGAGAUGCAUUUCAAUAGCUCGUAUUUUAAAAAAUACAUUUUCUGAAAUUUCUUUGUUAAAUAAUUUUUACUUUUGGCUCGGAUGCUUAAUUUUAUUUACAUCAUUGUUUUCAUUUAAAAAUGUGUCUUCAUUUGCUUGGAUUUAAGAGUACAUAGCUAUUAUUCGUUUAACAGCAGUUUCUUUAAUAUUCUUUGCUUGUUUUUAUUAGAUUUAUUUAGAUGGAUUUUAGGGUAUAUAGUUUAAGGAUUAUCCAUUAGUAAAUAUAACUAAUUUUCCAUCUUUGUCUAGUUCAACUACAAUGUUUUUCUGUAUUCACCAUUCUAUUCCAGCUUUUGUCAAACCAAUUACUCCUUAAAAGCAUGUUAAAUGGGUAUUAAAAGGAACCCAUAUACUUGGUCUUUCAAUCAUUUUAGGUAUAUCUUUCUUUGGGGUGUGCGCUUUUGGAGAAGCACUUAUAGAUAAAUAUGAUGUUAAUUUUAUUAACUACAACUUUGAAUAAAAUGAGAUUAUAGUUUAUUAUACAUCUGCCCUUUAUAUAUUCCUAAAUGCUAUAGCUUAUCCCGUGUUUAUAAUUACAGUAAGAAACAAUAUGAUGGAGCUUUUUGCUCCUUCAAAAAUCCCAAAAAUAAGUAGUGAAGUUACUCCUUACACAUUUAGUUUUACAGUUGGUAUUCUUUUAUUCUUAGGUGCUAUAAGUGCUUUAGCAACAAAUAUCUAGUUUGUGAUUGAUUUGAUUGUAGGAACAUUAGGUGUAAUCAUUUUUUUAAUUAUCCCAACUGCCUCAAUAUUAGAAGGAAGAAAAAUAUUGAAAAAUGAUUAUGGCAUGGAUUAUAAAUUGAAUAGAUAUUGCUCUACUUUUCCUAACUAAUAUCUUCCAUAUGUUAUAAUGGCAAUAGGAGUUAUGGCAUUUAUCUAUAAUUCAUACAAUCUUGCAAUAUGA